GUGAGUCCCCCCCAACUCGUGUGGUCGGCGUCAUAAGAGAACUGAGAAACGUGGACGUCGUUACCUGCUUUUGAUGUCAAAUGUUUUCUUUAUCAGGGUCUUCGGUCUGACAGUGAUUGAGAUAAAUUUAAUUAAAAUAGUCAGUCGGAAACGUGUUAUUGAAAAAAAUGACGGAACAGUCCGCGUUGUUGCUACGUAAACAAUUAGCAGAGUUGAACAAGAACCCCGUGGAAGGCUUCUCCGCGGGUCUUGUGGAUGACAAUGACAUCUUUCAGUGGGAAGUGGUCGUCAUCGGACCCCAAGACACGCUAUUCGAAGGAGGGUUCUUCAAAGCCACUUUAUCCUUUCCCCGGGAUUAUCCUUUAAGGCCUCCCAAAAUGAAGUUUGUCACUGAAAUCUGGCAUCCAAACGUUGCAAAAAACGGCGACGUAUGCAUCUCUAUCCUGCACGAACCCGGAGAGGACAAGUUUGGCUAUGAGAAACCAGAAGAGCGCUGGCUGCCAAUCCACACUGUGGAGACCAUCAUGAUCAGCGUCAUCUCCAUGUUGGCAGACCCCAAUGGAGACUCCCCCGCCAACGUCGACGCAGCCAAGGAGUGGCGUGACGAUCCAAAGGGCGUUUUUAAGAAAAAGGUUGCACGUUGUGUGCGAAAAAGUCAAGAGAUGGCGUUUGACUGAUUUAUUUUAUUUAAUUUUUUGCAAUGUAAGUGCAACUUGACACAAGCACGCGCCAUUACUUGUCGUCAUGGUGUUUCUUUACGUUUCCGUUUGGGGAUUGAAUAACAAGCUCAGCCGUGAGGUAGAACAGAGUCCACUACUGACCCAUCAGUGACAGACACUUGUUUUCAGGUUUAAGAUGCUACAAGUCCAGGUACAUACGUCGGAUUAUCAUCCCUGCUCCCUUUUCUAACCAGUUACUUUAUAUAAACCUAUUUAUUUUUGGAAGGGGAACCAGUUAGGAUGAUUUGGGGGGGUUAAUUCUGCCACACUGAGCCAUACAGCCUACAGUGCCUCAAUAAAUAAAUUAAAAAAUAACUGAGGGCUUGUUAGUGGGAGGAAAAAAACAGGGUGUAUCAGAUUAAAGGAAAGGCCAUCCAUGCAGGGGAGAUGCAUCUACAAGGCGGGGUAGCCGUGUCGUACUUUGAAGAGGACAUUUUCUGCAUGUGUGAGGAAUAAAGUAAAUGAUGGCUCAAUAUUAUGUUUUCAAUGCAUUUUUUUUGUGCAUCAGCUCCAAAUGUUGAAAUGAAACGAGUUAUACAUAGAAUGACAUCUAGAUGAAGUUACACGUGCAAGUUUUGCUUUAUCCUUUGCUCUUUUCCGUUACCUAUCACAAAAGAAAUGUAUAGAAAUCUGGCAACAUUAUUUAUACAUGGCGCUUUUCCCUCAGCGCACUAUUGAGGCAAAUUUAAGGAUAGCGCGUGUCGUGUUACAUAACAUGCACAGUAAAAACCACAUGAUUGUCCCAGAUCCGUAACUGCUUUAUUGAAUUAAGCACCAGCUCAAUUAGAACGACGUCCACAGAAAAGCAAGGAGACAUCCUUGUGAACGCAGGAAUAUAAAAUUGCACCACCAAAAAAAAGAAAAAAAAAACAGAUCCAACCUCCCGGACCUUUAGAAAUAAGCGUCCAUCUUGCUGACUGUUUACUGCCCUGGAGCAGACAGGCUCUUGUUCAUGAACUGCUUCUUGACAAAACACAUCCACCACUGCAAGAAACAAAUGUCUGGUCAAGAAAUGUCCAGCAUGUGUGCAACUUUUACACUAAACCAGACAAUGCAUUGGUCACAGAAUGAUGAAAUCUAUUUACAGGGAUUCUUGGACACAGUCAGUGCAAGGCAUGACACAUACAGUACAGUAAUGGAAAUAGAUGUGCUAAAUUACAAGGAUUACAAUUGUGGCCAAGUUUUGGAAGUGACAAAUUCAGUUUCAAUAACUUGGCUGACUCGGUAUUUUACGAAAAUAUUUUACGUGUUUUGUGGAGAUCACAAAAAUGAAGCCGCCAAGUUAUUGUAUAUCAUAUUUUACGAUAACUCGCACUAUCUUUUUCCAUUGUUUGGCUGGGACUGUGACUUUUAUAUUACAACAUAUAGAGUUAGGUACAUACUGUAUGUAUUUGGACACCGACAAAAGUUUAGUUUUUUACCUGUUCAAUGAAAUAUAUUCCAGUUAUAUAGUGGACAUUGAAAGUGCAGGCUCUCUUAUCCACAUUCAAAUUGAAUAGAGUUUUAGACUUUCAGCUCCUUAACAUGUGCCACCCCAUUUUAAAAAGGGACCAAAAGUAACUGGACAAGUGACUCAAAGGCCAUUUCGUAGGCGGGUGUAUGCAGUUCCUUUUAGGUCUACCAAUACAACAUAAAAGGCCUGGAGAUGAUUUGAGGGGCGGUGAUUGCAUUUGGAAGAUUUUGCUGUGAAGACAACGUGAGGUCAAAGGAGCGCUGAAUGCAGGUGAAACAAGCCAUCCUUAAAAGGAUAGUUCAGAUUUUUGGACAUGAAGCAAUAUCGAUUAUCAACGAUAAUUUGUUAUUGUGACAGGCCUAAUUGUGUCUGUGGUGAGAUCAUUUAUCCCUGCAAUAAAAGCUUGUUGU